UAGUUAAGGAAAUGUAGUAGUUUUCACAUAAGAACAGAUUGAGAGGACUAGGAUUUUUCAGUCUGGAAGAAAGAUUUGGCAAACACGUAAUUACCUUUAAAAUAUGAAGUAUGGAUGAAAAGUAAAUUCAUUCAUUUACCAAAUUCAAUGAUUUGAGAACUUUGCUCCCCAUCCUAAGUCAUCCUUACCACCCAGCUUAAUGGAGGUUUGAAAACUUUUAGAACUCACUAUCUAGAGAUGUUUGACAGGCUGAAAAUUCAUAAAGGUAGUAGAAGUUCAAUUAGCUUGAUCAAAUAGUAUAUACUUUAUUAUUGAGGAGUCACCUAAAUGCAGGGCAUGCUUGCAGGCUGUUCUCAGAGCUACAAAGAUAUAAAAGGCAAGGUCCCUGCAUUUAAGUUGCUUAAAAUGUAGCUGCAGAAAUAUGGUGUAUCUCAUGAAAAUUUAAGAAUAAAAUAUUUACAUUAAAAAAAUAGAAAAGCAAUGGAGUUCAUUACAAUUCGUUGUGUAAGCACUUGUUGCCAUUUGGAGGGAGAAACCAUUUGUGGAAAGGAGAGAGCUUUGAGCUUGUUUUUAAGAUAAACAUUUAUUGAUUUCUUUAACAAAUAUUUAUUGGGUACGUACCCUGUACUAGACAGGGUGCUGGGCUCUGGGGAUAUAAUAGUGAAAAAGCCAGAGAAGAUCCCUGUUCUCUUGGGCCUGUGUUCUAGUGGGGGGAGCAAUGGUUAAGGAAGGCAUUGCUGAGGAGAUAGGUGGCCUUUGAGGUGUGUGACGGCAAUGUGAAUGCACCAGCCCUGGGAAGAGGAUUUGGCAGGGCGGGCAGAGCAUUCCAAGCAGAGGGAAUAGCAAGUACAAAGACAGGAUAGGGCCAGGGGACUCUGAGGGAAGCAAGUGUGCCUAUAGGGCAGUGAGCAAUGAGUAAGGGAAAAUACACUGUAACAUGCAGCAGGAGCCCCUUUGCCUCCGGACUUCUCUGGGGCCAGCAGCCGUCCGACCAGGGGCCCGGGGCUGCGGGCUCAGGCAACAACCAUGGGCUCCGUGUCCAACCAGCAGUUUGCAGAUGGCUGCGCCAAGGCGGCAGAGGAGGCACCGGAGAACGCGGCCGGGGAGGCCGAGGAGCCGCAGCUGCUGCACGGUGCGGGCAUCUGUAAAUGGUUCAAUGUGCUCAUGGGGUUCGGCUUCCUGUCCAUGACCGCCCGUGCCGGGGUCGCACUCGACCCCCCUGUGGACGUCUUUGUGCAUCAGAGUAAGUUGCACAUGGAGGGCUUCCAGAGCCUGAAGGAGGGUGAGGCAGUGGAGUUCACCUUUAAGAAGUCUGCCAGGGGCCUGGAAUCUAUCCGUGUCACUGGACCUGGUGGGGUGUUCUGUAUUGGGAGUGAGAGACGGUCAAAGGGGAAGAACAUGCAGAAGCGCAGAUCAAAAGGAGACAGGUGCUACAAUUGUGGAGGUCUAGACCAUCAUGCAAAGGAAUGCAAGCUGCCACCCCAGCCCAAGAAAUGUCACUUCUGCCAAAGCAUCAGCCAUAUGGUGGCCUCAUGUCCACUGAUGGCCCAGCAGCCGCCCAGCUCACAGGGAAAGCCCUCCUACUUUCGGGAGGAAGAAGAAGAGAUCCACAGCCCUGCCCUGCUCCCAGAGGCCCAGAAUUGAGCCUACAGCGUGUGGGGGCAGUCCUUUUGCGAUUAGGAAGUUCCAAGGAGCAGGCAUCAAUC